ACGAUGCAGAACGGCAAGCCCACGGCACUAGUUUCGUGUGUUAAAGAGAUAAUGGAGAGAUACACAAAACAGAGUUAACUAUUUCGAGAGCCCCAAAUCCAAAAACUGAACUUCACGAAAUCCCAGAAGACUUGGAGAGGUGUGGCCUGGUCGCUGGACUACAAACCAGUGCAUCAUGGGACGGCUUGAAGUGGGAAAAUAACGAGGCCAGGCGCGAUGGAUUGUGGGAGGCGUUUCCGAAGGCCGCGGGAGCCGGAGCGUUCUCGUAUUGGCCGGUCUGGGGAACCGCGGGGAGCGGGGGCGGCCCCACCAAACGGGGCCCCGCGCCGGUUCCCUGAGCCCAAGGCAGGAUGCCGCGCCGCGCGUCCGCUGGCCCGGAGAUGCUGAGCCUUCGUCGGCUGCCCACAUCCCUGCCAUGUCCGGCUGCAAGCUGCCGAGGGGCCUGUGCCCAGACAUGUGCCCGGCCGCCGAGCGCUCCCAACGCGAGCGCGAGCGCCGCCUGCACCGACUGGAGGUAGAGCCGGGCGGACCUGCGAGCGCGCCCCGAGCCGACCCGCGGCGCGCCGUGAAGGAGUACAGCCGGCCGGCGGCCGCGCUGGCCACGCUGCUGGCCGUGGUGGCGCGACUGCGACCCGAAGAGGCGCGCGGAGCCGCGGACGCGGUGCUGCUGCAGACGCAGGUGCAGGAAGGCUUCGGUUCGCUGAGGCGCUGCUACGCGCGGGGCGAGGCUCCGCACCCCCGGCAGGCCGCCUUCCAGGGCCUCUUUCUGCUCUACAAUUUGGGAUCUGUGGAAGCCCUGCAGGAGGUUCUGCAGCUGCCUGCCACCCUUCGUGCCUGUCCACCCCUUCAGACUGCCCUGGCCGUUGACGCUGCCUUCCGUGAAGGCAACCAUGCCCGGUUGUUUCGCCUGCUUCGCACCUUGCCCUUCCUUCAGAGCUGCGCAGUGCAGGGACACAUUGGCUCUGCCCGCCGCAAAGCCCUGGCCCGUCUGUCCCGUGCCCUGAGCACUCCCAAAGGACAGACCUUGCCUUUGGACUUCAUAGUACACCUUCUGGCCCUGGAUGGGCUCCACGAAGCACAGGACCUGUGUCGGGCCCAUGGACUGACCUUAGAUAAAGACAGAGUUAUAUUCCUGAGGGGCCGAUACUCUGAGGAAGGACUCCCACCCCCUGGUACCUGCCACCUAUUAGUGGGAAGCAAGCUGCAGGGACACACCCUGGAGGAGGUGGUCAUGGCAGAGGAAGACAGGGAAAUACACAGACCUGGAUCUCCAGCUUGAGAGGGCUCUGUCUCCCCCAAGGACUGGACCAGAGCACCUGGGGUUCUUUUUCAUGAUUCCCAAACAAUAAAAGGAACUUGUUUUACAGGAA